AUGACUGAAAAGAAGAAGGACCGCCCCUUGCACUCACUUUUGGCUGGCUGUGUGGCCGGUGGUGUUGAAGCAACCAUAACCUAUCCUACAGAAUUCGUAAAGACACAACUGCAAUUAGACAAGGCAAGUACAGUUAUCGAUUGCAUUGAUCUAUUUCAUAGAUACAAAGGUCCUUUAGACUGUCUGACCCAAACAGUUCGCGAAAGGGGGUUUUUUGCUCUUUAUCGUGGAUUGUCUGCUUUGGUUAUAGGCACAGCUGCUAAAGCAGGUAUCAGGUUCUUGACGUACGAAGAGAUCAAGAAGUUAUUGGCAGAUGAGAAUGGCCAUGCAUUAUUGCAGGAGUUGAAACGAGAGACUGGGAAUUGGGACAUUGAGGAUAUUUCUGGUUUGGGAGCUGGAAUGACAGAGGCUAUUCUAGUGGUAACUCCUACUGAAACAAUAAAAACGAAACUUAUUCACGAUUCACAAGCAGCGGUUCCAAAAUAUAAAGGCUUGGUUCACGGAGUCAGUACAAUCGUCCGACAAGAGGGUUUUGGCGGUGUAUACCGAGGACUGUUUCCCGUGAUGAUGCGUCAGGGUGCUAAUCAGGCAGUUCGUUUCUCAACGUAUUCCACUCUCAAGCAAGAGCUGCAGAAAUGGACAAUACCUGGUCAGCCGUUACCGUGGAGUGUGACUUUUGCUAUCGGUGCUAUUGCUGGGACAGUGACCGUGUACACAACGAUGCCAUUGGAUGUGGUGAAGACAAAGAUGCAAGGAUUGCAUGCAAAGACUAUGUAUAAAAACUCGUUCCACUGCUUUUGGACUGUCGUGAGAUCAGAGGGAGUGCCUGCAUUGUGGAAGGGUGCCACGCCGCGUUUGGGUAGAUUGUUGUUUUCGGGAGGGAUUAUCUUUACUGUUUAUGAACAAGUAAUGACAGCGUUUCGGAAAUUCUCUUGA